UCUCCAACCUCUAGGCCAGGCAAGGAUGUGGCAGUUGGAUGUGAUGCAUGGUUCAAGAACACUUAUGGGUCAGAAAACGCGUAGAAAGCAGAUUUUGACCUCCAAAGGACAUUCAUCUUACACUGCACUUUGUCGAGGUUGAAUAUUGUAUUCAUUUAUCUUUACUUCUUCGUCCAUUAAUAUAUUCAUUAGUGUGUGCUCUUAGAUCCGACGCUAUUAAUAAUGCACAAACGAACACAACAUUUGCUACUGGGAAAAUCAGUAUUACAUCUCCAGCUAUCACACACACACAACACACCAACUCACGCUCCGCCUUUAAUUCCGCCAACUCCAAGAUCAGCGCGCAUCAGUGGAGAGAGAGAAAGAUAGAGAGACCCAGUGGGCGUGUGUGUUUGUGUGCGAGAGAGAGAGAGUUCACCACUGUCAAAGCCGAUUACCGUUUAUCGGGUCUGUGAUUCUGUCAGUGUGUCCACUUCAGGGUUCUCCCCUGUGUGAACGACACGCCUCUUGCUUUCUCCUACUUGUUGGUGGUUUAUUUAUAGAAGCGCGUUUCUUUUGGCGAGCAGCAUGGAUUUAUUGUAGUGCGUGUGGACUCGGGCAUCUUUACUAUGAGUUCCUGUGCAGAAGCGCUCCCGUCUGCGGGGCAACUUUUCCGUGCGCCACGGCGCCGCUGAGCCGCGCGUUUCUAGGUGGGGAAAGUUUUACACGCAGCCCCCGGCCACCACACCAUGAGCCCACCGUGAGAGCUCCGACUGUCCCACUUUCUUCUCUCGUCUAAGCCGUAAGACAAAAUGCAGAAGAGCGUCCGCUACAACGAGGGGCACGCGCUGUUUUUGUCGUUGGUCGCCCGUAAAGAGGGGACCAAGCGCGGCUACCUGUGCAAGAAGACGGCGGAGAACAGCCGAUGGCACGAGAAGUUCUUUGCCCUUUACCAAAAUGUACUGUUCUACUUCGAGAACGAGCAGAGCGCGCGACCGUCCGGGAUUUACCUGUUGGAGGGAUGCACCUGCGAGCGCGCGCCGGCGCCCAAGAUGUCCACCACUGGGAAAGAAGCGCUGGAGAAACAGCACUACUUCCUCAUCGUGUUUGGUCACGAUGGACAGAAGCCUCUGGAGCUGCGGACUGAGGAGGAGAGUGAGUGUGAUGAAUGGGUGGAGGCCAUCCAGCAGGCCAGUUACUCCGACAUCAUCAUUGAGCGAGAGGUGCUGAUGCAGAAAUACAUCCACCUUGUGCAGAUUGUGGAGACUGAGAAGGUGGCUGCCAAUCAGCUGCGCACCCAGCUAGAAGAUCAGGACACAGAAAUUGAGAGGCUCAAAGCGGAGAUUGUCGCUCUGAACAAAACUAAGGAAAGAAUGCGGCCUUACCACGUCAACCACGAAAACGAAGACCCGGAUAUCAAAAAGAUCAAAAAGGUGCAGAGUUUCAUGCGGGGCUGGCUUUGUCGGAGGAAAUGGAAGAUCAUUGUUCAGGACUACAUCUGCUCUCCUCAUGCUGAGAGCAUGAGGAAGAGGAACCAGAUUGUGUUCAACAUGGUAGAGGCAGAGACAGAGUACGUCCACCAGCUCUACAUCCUGGUCAACUGCUUCCUUAGACCUCUGAGGAUGGCUGCCAGCUCCAAGAAACCCCCCAUCAGCCAUGAUGAUGUCAGUAGCAUCUUCCUCAACAGUGAGACAAUCAUGUUCCUACAUGAGAUUUUCCAUCAAGGUUUAAAGGCAAGGAUAGCCAACUGGCCAACCCUGGUGCUGGCUGAUCUUUUUGACAUCCUGCUGCCCAUGCUGAACAUCUAUCAGGAGUUUGUGCGUAACCACCAGUACAGCCUGCAGGUUUUGGCCAAUUGUAAGCAGAACAGAGACUUUGACAAGCUGCUGAAACAAUAUGAGUCUAACGCUGCCUGUGAGGGAAGGAUGCUUGAGACCUUCCUCACAUACCCAAUGUUCCAGAUCCCUCGCUACAUCAUCACCUUGCAUGAGCUAUUGGCACACACACCUCAUGAACAUGUGGAGCGCAAGAGCCUUGAAUUUGCCAAGUCCAAACUAGAGGAACUGUCCAGAGUAAUGCAUGAUGAGGUGAGUGACACAGAGAAUAUCCGGAAGAACCUGGCCAUAGAGAGGAUGAUAGUGGAGGGCUGUGACAUCCUGCUGGACACAAGCCAGACCUUUGUCAGACAGGGCUCUCUGAUCCAGCUGCCGUCAGUGGAACGAGGGAAGCUAAGUAAGGUCCGUCUGGGCUCUCUCUCUCUAAAGAAGGAAGGGGAAAGGCAGUGCUUCCUCUUCACCAAACACUUCCUUGUAUGCACACGCAGCUCCGGUGGAAAACUGCACCUUCUCAAGCAAGGCGGAGUUUUGUCGCUGAUUGACUGCACACUCAUAGAGGAACCAGAUGCCAGCGAUGAAGAGUCUAAAGCCGGUGGUCAGGUAUUCAGUCAGCUGGACUUUAAGCUUGUAGUAGAGCCGACGGACUCACCUUCAUUCACUGUGGUGUUACUGGCACCAUCGCGGCAGGAGAAGGCAGCAUGGACCAGUGAUAUUAGCCAGUGUAUAGAUAAUAUUCGCUGUAAUGGCUUGAUGACCAGUGUAUUCGAGGAGAACUCUAAAGUCACAGUGCCUCAUAUGAUCAAAUCCGAUGUGCGUCUCCAUAAAGAUGAUGUUGACAUUUGCUUCAGCAAGACGCUCAACUCCUGCAAGGUCCCCCAGAUCCGCUACGCCAGCGUUGAGCGGCUGCUUGAGAGGCUGACUGACCUGCGCUUCCUCUCCAUUGACUUCCUCAACACCUUCCUGCACACAUACAGGAUUUUCACCACGGCUACGGUGGUCAUGGACAAACUGGCCGACAUCUACAAGAAGCCCUUCAGCUCCAUACCGAUCAGGCCGCAGUACCCCUCAUUUGACCGUCUGUCCAUCUCAUCCAUCUGUCCUGACUACAGUAUGAAGAUCAAGAAGAUAGCCAUGGAUCAGUCCAAGUCCUUGGAGCUGUUCUUUGCCACCAAUCAGAACAACAGAGGUAGUGAGCACAUAAAUGACAAAUCUCCUCGUCUCUGCCGCAAGUUCUCCUCUCCACCUCCUCUGUCCAUCCCAUCCCGUACCUCCUCCCCAGUCAGAACACGAAAGCUUUCCCUCCACUCCCCCAUCACCGCCAGGGUCGGCGGCCUCGACUUAACCAGUCCUCUGUCAAACUCUGGCGUCAACACUUCUCAGUCUGCUACCAGUAGCCCCACAUCUGCCCACACCCCCCAAACCCCGACUCCAACCAACACCUCUCCUCCUCCUCCUCCCUCUUCCACUUCUCCCCCACCCAACAACUCUAAACCACCGCAGGACCAAGUUCCACCCAUUCCCUCAUCCCCGGACCAGAGUACCUGCUCAGCUGCAGAGGGGGAGGAGGUGCCCAAGUUCGACCCGUUUUGUGGUAAACUUCGACGGAACAUGCGCAGAGCUGUGUUGGAGUCAGUGUCACUGGAGAAAAUCAUCCCAGAGUCUCCUCAGAGCAGUGAUGCAGGAGACAUGUCUCCAUGUCGCUCCCCUUCCACACCUCGACACCUCCGCUACAGACAGCCUGGAGUUCAGUCAGGGGAGAACUCACGCUGCUCCGUCUCUCCUGCUUCAGCCUUCGCUAUCGCCACGGCGGCAGCAGGACACGGUUCACCGCCAGUGUUUGCAAACUCUGAAAGAACUUGUGAUAAAGAUUUCAUCAUCCGCCGAGCUGCAACUAACAGAGUUCUCAAUGUGCUGCGGCACUGGGUCUCCAAACACUCUCAGGACUUUGAGAUGAAUGGGGAGCUGAAGAUGUCAGUGAUCUGUCUCCUGGAGGAGGUGCUCAGAGAUCCAGACCUGCUGCCUCAGGAGAGAAAAGCUACUGCGAACAUACUAAGUGCCCUUUCUCAGGAUGAGCAGGACGAUGCCCAGCUGAGGAUAGAGGACAUCUUACAGAUGGCGGACUGUCCGAAGGCUGAGUGUUUCGAGUCUCUCUCAGCGAUGGAGCUGGCUGAGCAGAUCACUCUGCUGGAUCACAUCGUCUUCAGGAGCAUUCCUUAUGAAGAAUUCCUGGGCCAGGGCUGGAUGAAAGUCGAUAAGACAGAAAGGACGCCAUACAUCAUGAAAACUAGUCAGCACUUCAACGACAUGAGUAACCUGGUGGCGUCACAGAUUAUGACCCAUACUGAUGUGGGCUCGAGGGCCAGCUCCAUAGAGAAGUGGGUUGCUGUGGCUGACAUCUGCCGCUGUCUCAACAACUACAACGGAGUUCUGGAGAUCACAUCUGCACUCAAUCGCAGUGCCAUCUACCGGCUGAAGAAAACCUGGGCUAAAAUCAGCAAACAGACUAAAGCCCUGAUGGACAAACUGCAGAAGACUGUGUCCUCCGAGGGAAGGUUUAAAAAUCUGAGGGAGACCCUGAAAAACUGCAACCCUCCAUGUGUGCCAUACCUGGGAAUGUAUCUAACAGACUUGGCCUUUAUUGAGGAGGGAACACCCAAUUUUACUGAGGAAGGUCUUGUUAACUUCUCCAAAAUGAGGAUGAUAUCACACAUCAUCAGGGAGAUCCGACAGUUCCAGCAGACUCCGUACAGAAUAGAGCAUCAAGCUAAGGUGACCCAGUACCUUCUUGAUAAAACUCUGAUCAUGGAUGAAGACACACUCUAUGAUCUCUCCCUGAAGAUCGAGCCCAGGCUUCCUGCCUGAAGUACAACUGCUUGUGGCCAGUGGGAGCCUACCGAACUUGGACCCUCCCUCCCCAAGGGCAACGCGCCCAACGUAAUCUCAUCAAUCAAGAGAACAUUUUUGAAGUUUUGAGAGCGACAUGGAAAGGGAAAUAAGAGUGAUAAAGUCUGAAGUUGAGAUAGGAAGAAGGAGCAUGGGAGAGAAUUUCUGUGGUGUUGGACUGAUUGUCUUCACGGAGAACAAGAGGAAAAGGUUUUGGUUGCAUUGCGGUGAUUAUUUUUGAGGGAAUGACAUGUCUCUGUGUGUGCUUGUCACUCCUCGGUCGAGAAUGUGGCUCACCUGACAUCACUCUUCCUCAGGCCAGCCUAAAAGUGCAGGAAAGGCUUGGAGCAUGGAGCGAAUGGAUGAAAUACAGUGGACGUAACAGAAAUGUAGCAUAUACAGACAGUGUGACAGAGAAAUGUCUGUGCUCGUGUCUCUGUGCUGUUGUCUGUGUUCUGUUGCCUGUGCUUAUCUGCGCCAUGUCCUGGAGCAAGAGCCCCAAAAAUGCUUUAUGUCACGAUGGUCACUGUGUAAAUCUUGCAUGAUUUCAGCUCGGGAUUUGACUGCCUAAAUGGCCUUCAACCUGCCCCUCCGAUCCUCAGCUUAGCAUGCUUCACUCUUCUCCAGAGUGACUCUUUAAGCCACUAUGCAUCCUUAGUGUGCUGGGAAUGGCAAGAUGCCCUUAAGCCUUCAAAUAUGAUGUAGAGAGACUCUGAAAAGAAACACAUAAAAAUUCCCUAAAAUGGAAAAUCUAAGGUAUUUUGAAAGUUUCUUAUAUGUCCUUUGGUAAAACAGUUAAUUCUGUAUUUAUUUUUAAUCAGUCUUUAUCUAAAGACUUCCCUUGAGAAUGAAGAGCUCUUUCUAUAAAAAUGUCCACAUGAAUGAUAUAAAAUUAAAAACGUUAUCAGUGCCUUCCACGAGUGUAGGUCAAUUACUCCACAGUUGCCAAUUUCCAUUAAGGUUUGUAUACAAAUCCUAUUUCCACACAAAUCUUGAGAUUUCCUGUAAAAAUUGGACUGUAGUUUCACUCAUUCUUUUAGGUCAUGUAGACUAAACAGUAGCAUGUUAGUGUUGACACAGUAAAGUCUUUGCAGCAUCUAAUCAUAAGCAAAUAUCUCCCUCUGGUGGUUAAACAUUGUUAUAACCUCCAAUGACCCAAAGCUUUCGCGGCAUUUGUGUGCAGUUUGAUUUCUUUGGCUUUUACAAAUUGUCAGAUACUGACGUGCUGGGGCGUUUUUUGCACUCUCUGAGAUGUAGCUUUGCUUGAGUGACCGUAUGAUCGUUAUUUACUCUGCUAUUUAUUUCAUCAGAUACUGUAUUUAUCUUACUUAUUUUAAAUAGUAACCCCACACAUAUCAGAUGAUUGAUGAAGAAAUACUUUGAAUUGUCAUGCUGUGAAUAUAGAUUUUAUUGGAUUUUUUUCCUUUUUUCUUCUUGUUCUUUUUUUUUUCUGUCCCGCUUGCUUUUAUGUUGAAUUCUAGUUUUGCAUCCCAGGCUCUUGUAUUGCAAGAAAUCUGUUUUAUUCUUUUCUUUUCUUUUUUUUUUUUUUUAAAAAAGGGGGAUUUUGAAGAUUGAAAAAAAUGUAGCAUUUGAAUAAUUCUGAAUUUGUUUUCUGUAUUGCUGAUAUGAUGAACAUAGUUGUCCUGCAUGCACACAACAGCUGCAUGUUGUGCAUGUCUGACCGGAUGCUCCCUGUACGUUCGAACUCUGCUUCUCUAUAUUAGUAUUGUCUCUGUAGCUGUCUGAAGGCUCUGCUAAAAGGCAUACAAACAA